UUUCUAGACAGUUCAGGACCCUGCUAGUGUGUCCAGCGUGUCUCUCAUAUACACACAGUCUGCCAUGGCUGCCCCAGAGGACUCGCUCUACCUGGGCUUUGACUUCAGCACGCAGCAGCUGAAGGUGAUGGCUAUAGAUGGCACUCUGACGGUGGUUCACCAGAGCAACGUGCAGUUUGACUCCGAACUGCCCGAGUUCAAAACUCAGGGAGGGGUUCAUAUCCAUGCUGACAGGUUAACUGUCACAUCCCCUGUGCUGAUGUGGAUACAGGCUUUGGACCUGUUAUUGGACAAGAUGAAGAAGGCCGGGUUUGACUUCUCCCUGGUCAAAGCCCUGUCUGGCAGUGGACAGCAACAUGGCAGUGUUUACUGGAGCACAGGGGCCGAUCACACCCUCAAACAUUUGGACCCAGAGAAGAGCCUAAGCCAACUGAUGCAGGAAAGCUUCGCCGUGGCAGACAGCCCGGUGUGGAUGGACUCCAGCACGUCGCCACAGUGCCAGUACCUCGAGUCAACACUUGGGGGCGCCACUACACUAGCGGACAUCACCGGUUCCAGGGCGUAUGAGAGGUUUACUGGGAGCCAGAUCGCCAAAAUCCAGCAGACCAGACCGGACCAGUACCAGAACACAGAGAGGAUCUCAUUGGUCAGUAGUUUUGCUGCCUCUCUAUUCCUGGGUGCCUACGCUGCAAUCGACUAUAGUGAUGGUUCAGGAAUGAAUCUUCUGGACAUCAAGACCCGAUGCUGGUCUGAGGUCUGCCUGGAGGCCACCGCCCCUGGUCUGGGGAAGCUCUUGGGAGCCCCUCAACCCUCUACUACAGUGCUGGGCUGCGUCUCUCCUCACUUUGUUGCCAGGCAUGGGUUCUCAGAGGACUGCAGAGUAGUGGCCUUCACUGGAGAUAACCCUGCCUCUUUUGCAGGGAUGGGGCUACGGGAAGGAGACGUGGCUCUGAGCCUCGGUACCAGUGAUACAGUGUUUUCAUGGAUCAGGGACCCCCGUCCUGCACUAGAAGGUCAUGUAUUCUGCAACCCGGUAGACUGGCAGUCAUACAUGGCUCUACUAUGCUUCAAGAAUGGCUCCCUUACCCGAGAGAGAGUUAGAAACGAGUGCGCUGAAGGAUCAUGGGAGGUUUUCUCCACCGCACUUCGGGAUACACCUAUCGGAAACCAUGGCAACAUAGGGUUCUAUUUUGAUGUCAUGGAGAUCACACCGUCUGCUGUGGGAGUACACCGAUUUGACCGCCACGACAACAAGGUGUCGGGUUUCAGUGCCCAGGUGCAGGUGAGAGCCUUGCUAGAAGGACAGUUUCUGUCAAAGAGGCUUCACGCGGAGCGACUCGGGUACAGAAUCAUUCCUGGAAGCAGAGUGUUGGCCACAGGAGGAGCCUCUUCUAACAAGGACAUUUUACAGGUGCUCUCAGAUGUGUUUGACGCCCCGGUUUACACUAAAGACGUGGCAAACUCUGCGUGUCUGGGAUCAGCCUACAGGGCUCUCCAUGGGCUUGAAUCUGUAGAGUCCGGGGUCCCCUUCUCUGAUGUGGUGGAGAACGCAAUGGAGCCCAAGCUGGCUGUGACUCCCAACCCGCGGGCAAAAGAGGUCUACAAUCAGAUGCUGAAGCGCUACGCUGAGCUGGAGGACAGAAUCCUACAGGAAAACUAGUAUUAGCUCCGUCAAUCACAUACGUCUUCCUAUAACACCUGAUUGGCGUCUAGGAUUUGUAAAGCAUCGCGUAAUUUUUGCGACUCAAGUUCUGGUGAUGAUUGUAGGAGUUGAUUUUAGGUCAGAGCUGAACUGAAAUCCCUGCUGGGACCCACCCAUGCUCAGAAUGUAUAAUGAAUGCACUCACGGUAUUGUAAGACGCUUCUGUAAAAGCAUCCAUCAAAUGGUAUGUAUAGUCUUCUGAGUGAGUCAAAAUUACAGAGGUACAUGACCUUGAAACAUUGAAAUAUACCAGAGAGGUGAUUGGCCAUGGAGUAAGAGAAUCUGAAGAUCUAUUCAGUUUGUGAUUGGUUGAGUUGCAACAGGAACAGACACUAGUUACUGAAUUACAAUUGCUUGUUUCUUUAGAUUAACUUUUGUGUUUCUUUCCUAUUAAUUAGUGGUAGCUUUUGAUAUUCUUCUAUUUUUCUUAUUUUCACUGAUUAAAUUAAGCAUUAAUUACCCACCAGUCUGUAUCAGCUUUGUCACACAAGUCAAGAAACCUCAAAUUAUUUCUGUGUUCGGUUGUUGUUGCUGCCAGCUGCGAUUGUGCCCAUAAUUAGAUUAGUAAUCUCAGUUGGUUCUUCAAUUAAUGGGAACCUUCAGGAAGAUCAUGUCUGAAAUAGUUUUGCUUAUUAUUAAUUACUUUCCAUGUUUGAGACACCAAGAUAAAGACAACAUUUUGAUUUAUGUUUUGGUCGACUAUCACUGCCUCCUGUCUCUCUUCUUGAAGGUGCUAUGAAUUUAAUAUUAAAGAACUAUACUUAGUUUAAUUUUAACCACUGAAAUGCAGGGCGGGAGGAGGCAGGAGUUUGUAUGUUUUGGUGUUGUUUAGUUUCAGAAUGUUGCUUUCUUCAGUUCUCUUCUGUUUUGGCUCAUUGAAACCCUAAAUUCAUACAUGCAGCAUCUUACAUUUCUAUCUUUAGUUUUUUAUUCAAACUUUAACAUAAAAACCCAAUCACAUAAGAAGACAAAAUCGUUGUUUUUUUUUGUUUUAGGGUACCAACAAUGGUCAUAAUUAAACCUAACUGAAGAGUUGUUCAGAUUCUGAUUCAGGAAGCUUACAAGUCUCUAAAGGAGGUGACAGAAAAACGAGACUUACAUCCAAACAUAAACUCAUACACUAUCAACAGCACAUCCACAGCAGACAGUAAAGCAGAGCGAAACUUUGUAAAAAGUUAAGAAUAACUUUUUUAUAUUUUUUGUUUUAGAUGCUAAAAUACAGGUUUAUUAUCAGGAUUCUUUUAUUGUAAAUGCCAACCGCAGUUUUAACAUAGGAGUUCUUAUAAGUGUGCUGGGACUUUAACUGUCAGCGAGCCCUUAAAUUUGAAGCUCAAAAGACACAGUAGUCAAUAGUUGGCAUUCAAUUGUGUUAAUUCUACUUCAUUCGUGUUUGCAGAUAAUACAGUACGCUUAUAAAGAAUCGUAUAGUUCCCUGAGUUCUAUACUGACAUUGAAGUUUGACUGUCUCAAGUGUACAGACAGCAGAGCCCUCAGCACCACCCAGCACCCAUAUGAGACUGAGGCCUGUCGCCUGUUUCCACCCACUCUUCUGUCUGUCUUUGAAACAGGAGAUCUAGUCAUUCAGCGCACGCUUUUAUCGCAAGUUAGGCUGCCCACAAUCCAACCAUACCAUCACAAUUGGAGUAGCUAAAUCUUCGCUGUUCUGUACAUUCAGGCCCUUUAGACCAUUGGAAUCAGUUAUGUAUGUUGGUGCAUGAAGGGAGAAAUCUUCUAUGAGGGUGAAAUGAUUGAUGAACAAAUUAAUGAACAAAUUAAAUAAAAGUCAAUAUAUUAAAAAGUAAGACAUUACAGUCUUCAAUGCAGUCAUCUGUCAUGCAGUCAACUCAUUUUCAUUGGUCACUAUUUGAUAUUGAAAAUGCCGACAUCCAUAAGCAAUUCAUUUUAUUUCAAUGAAUGCAAAAUUAAAAGAGCAAAAGUUUUUGGUCAGUGUGAAUUUUCUCUUGCAAGGCUAACUUGCCAUAACCUCAGUGAAGGACUCAUUAUAAUUAGUCUUUUUUUUAUUGAUUUGUUUUAUUUUUUCAAUUAGGAUGUUAAGUAGUCAAAUUGGACCUUUGCAGAAACAUGUUGUUGGCAUCCGGUCAGUUGAACCAACCAAUCAACUGACAGUAGUCUGUGUAAUUAUAAGCUGCAAGUUGAUUUGUUGAUUGGUUUGUUGAUUGGUUUAUUUUCAAGUGCAGAGAAAAAUGUCAACUCUAAAAAUUUAAAGGGUUAUUGUGUGUUCAUUGAGGGAUGAUUCUGAAUUAAAUUUUAACUGUAUAGUCUCCAUCUAUAUAAUUUGUGUCAAAUAAAUCUUGAUAGGAUCAGUAAAACAAACAAAUAUUGUGUAUUUCUUAUGAAUA